CAUCAGGCCUCAGACUGUUUCUCAUGAUCAAUUGUUACUUUUACGCGGGAUACAAUUAAUGAAACUAGCGUCAUUUCAAUUAAAGAAUCAAUUCUUAAAAUAAAAUUUCAUAAGAAUUUAAUAUGACAGGAGGUUAUACGAAGAUAGAAGAGCGCAAUAUUAUUUACCAAUGGAAAAUUGAUAGAGUUAAUAUUUAUUUAGAUAGAAUACGAUUAACAUGCGGUGACUUUACUAUUGUUUCUCCAGAAUUUUCAGCGGGAUCCAAAAGUGAAGAUAAAUGGUGUAUUAAAGCUGGCUUUAGUUACGACAACGAAGAAAGGUUGAUUGAUUUAACUUUUAAUUUGCACUUAUUGAAUUGUAAUGAGCCGAUGCAUACAAAGUAUUCAGCUUUUGUUUGGAAUGAAAAACAAGGAAAAUUAUUUAAUAAGGAUUAUAAUUCGCUAUCAAAUAAAAAUGAUGAUACCGAAAUUCUCUACUUAACUGAAUACCGUUUGCAACGGAAAAAAGAUGGAUGUUUAUUCAAUAAUUGUUUGACGGUAUGUCUCGACCUCACUGUAUAUGAUACCGUCACAAUUUCAAAAGAACUUGACUUGAAUAUUACAAAACAUCCAAUGGCCCAUGACUUUACAAAGCUUUUUUACUUUGGAAUAGGUAGCGAUAUUAUUAUAAAUGUGGGUGAUAUUAAUUUUGAAGCUCAUAAAAGUAUUCUAAUCGCGCGAUGUCCUGUUCUAGCCGCGAUAUUUUCAAAUGAAAUGGGUGAGAUGAAAGAAAGUAAAAUAUCAAUACCAGAUAUUAGUCCAGCGGUAUUUCACAAAGUCCUUGAGUACAUUUACACCGAUGAAGUUACUGGCCUGGAUGACAUUACUGAAGGUUUAUUAGAAGCUGCGGACAAAUAUCAGCUUCAGUCACUUAAAAGUAUUUGUGAAGAAGCACUUAGUGAAACUUUGGAUCUUGAAAAUGCAUUUGAUUUAAUGGUUUUGGCUAAUUCGUAUAAAGCUACUCAUCUGUUAGAAUUUACAACCAAUUUUUUGGUUUUAAAUAUGAAAAAUGUUAAUGAUAACCCGGAUUUUAAAGAUUUCGAGAAAUCACACCCUUCUUUGGCAUUGGAACUGGUGAAAAAAUAUUCAUUUCCCAACAAGAGUGAGAAAGCUAUCGUUUCUGAUCCAACUGCAAAAUAAUAUACUUAAAAUUUAAAUAACGAGUAUUGGAACUACGUACAAUAAUUUGGUGCUCAGCAGUAUUUCAUAAUUUAAAAACUAGUUUUAUAUUCAAGUAAACUAACAUGUUAACUAAUUAUUAUUAAAAGUAUUUUUCAUUUUUCUAAUAAUAAAAAUAAAAAGAAAGUUCCUCAUGCGGCUAAUUGUCAAUUGAUUAAUUUAUACAACUUAAACUUUUGAAAAUGUCACAUUUAAGUUUUCACAUAAAAGUGAUAUCUUCAUGUACACAGCGAAAUUGAAUCAGAGUAAUCUAAAAGUGCUAUAUCAGAUGAACCGAAAUUUAAAAUAAAAGUAAAUCAGGUUCAGAUAUAAAGUCUGGAUUCAUAUUUCAACAUAACUACUGACUAUUUUUGUACGAAAAAUAUUUUCAUAAUUUUUUUGUCAUGAGCUCAAAUAUAUUUAUAUUUAUUUUGUUAAAUAGUACGGUUGAGUUUUUGAAAUAUGUCGACUUACUGAUAGUAUUGAGUCGUAAAAGUUAUUGCAUAGAGUAUUAUUUUAAACGGAACAUGAUAUGCUAGCAAAUAACGUCAUCACUUUCAACUGGAAUUACUUAUUACUGAUAACAUCAUCUCAUGUUUUUUAUUAUUUAAUAUAUUUUAUAAACAAUAUAUUAUUAAAUAAUUUAAUAAAAAUUUCAAGAACUUUAAAUUUCCAUAAAAAAAUAAAUUUUUUAAUAAUUAUUGCAUCCUGCUUGUCCAGUAUGUAUAGUCCCACUUGCAAAUUGAAAGCGGGGGUAUACCAAGUAAAUGUUAGUUGAGUCUGGUAGAAUUGAAGUAAAACUCAUACUUGGAUGAUAAGAAACUAAUCAAAAUCUCCACCACUCCGUUCUCACAAUAAGUAAAAUAGAAGCCGUAAUCUCAUGUGUGCAGUUGUUAAGUUUAAGUGCAAAAGUAAAGCCAUCAGUGAUAUUUUCAUUUUUACUAUUACAUACAUUUUGUAAUAGUUAAAAGUGUUAAAUAUUAUUUAAAUAAUAUUUUCUACAACAAGAUCAUAUAAAAAUUAAUUUUUUUAAAACUUGUGCGCAUUUUAUUUUCUGUCUUUUUUCUUUUACGUGACAUUUAAAACAGCGAACAUACAAAACAAUAUAAUUGUUUUCGGUAUUACGCUCAGUAGCGUUCAGUUAGUCAAAAGUCAAACUUAUCGCGAUCUCUCACAUCAAGUUUGUGCAGGACAACAGCCAUUCGGUGAUUUUUUAGUUUUAUACUUUUUAUUAAAUACAUUAUUUGAAUAACAAGUGUAAAAUUAAAAUGAUAAGAGGUUUUACAACGCUCGACGAAAGUAAUUUUGUUUACGAAUGGAAGAUAAAUAAAAUGGAUUAUUUUCUCGAUAGUAAAACUGAGGAUUUUAUUUAUUCCGACUUCUCAUUAAGCGCCAUAGGAUACGAUCAAUGGCGUAUCGAAUCAACCUUCAAUCCUAAUAAAGACAAUGUCGACUUUCAUUUGUGUCUGAUAUAUGGUGGUCCAUUACAUGCACGAUUUUCAUCUUUUGUUUUAGACAAUAAAAAAGAUAAAAAUUUUACAACCACUGAUGUUGUUCAACACUACAUCAAUAAUGAUAAAAAGAUAUGUCUAUCUUUACCAAAAAAAACUCUAUUGGAUGAUAAAGAUAAAUAUCUACCUGAUAAUACCUUAACAAUAUGCGUCGAUUUAACUGUGUUUAAAACGCCUACUACAACUUCCAAAAAACUUGUAAUCAAUUUUUCAAAACGUGGAAUGGCUCAUGAUUACCAAGAUCUUUACAACACUAAAAUGGGUUGCGAUACUAUUAUCAACGUGGGUGAUUACGAAUUCCAGGCUCACAAAACCAUUUUAAUGGCACGAAGUCCCGUUUUAGCUGCAAUGUUUUCUCAUGAUAUGAUUGAGAAAAAAGAAAAUAAAAUAUCUGUACCAGAUAUUACUCCAGAGAUCUUCGAAAAGAUCUUAAAAUAUAUUUACACUGAUCAAGUAAUUGAUCUAAAUGAGAUUGCGGAUGAUUUAUUAGAAGUAGCAGACAAAUAUCAGCUACAGUCGCUUAAAGAAAUGUGCCAAGAAUCACUGAGUGAAACUCUAAUUCUUAGAAAUGCAUUAAAAAUAAUGACUUUAGCUGACCGCCAUAGUGCCAAAGAGUUAUUGGAUUUUACGAUUCGUUUUAUGGCAACGAACAUGAAAGACUUGAUCGAAACUCAAGAGUUUAAAGAAUUUUCGCGAUCAAAUCUUGCCGGAGCGUUUGAAUUAAUGAAGAAAUUAUCAUCUUAUCGUUUCAGAUAAACUACCAACGAGUACUGAAAUUACGUACAACAAGUUGAUGCCCAAAAACUUUUUUAUUAUUUAAAAACCAAUAAUUAUUUAAUAAUUUUUAACAUGUUUAACAAUUAUUACAAGUCUUUUAUAUUUGAUGCGCAUGUUUACUUCUUGUUUCGGUUAAAUUUAAAAAAUAUUCAAAGUUAUCGAUACCAUCUGGUGGUAAAAAGUUUAUUACUCGUUACAGGAUGAAAAAAGAAAUAUCAUCAUCAUUACUACCCGGAAGUACUUAUAAAGCUAAUAUUUUCUCAUAUUUAUAUUAUUUACUACAUGCUAUCAAUGACUAUUUUUAAAAAAUAAUAUAAUAAAAACUGUAACAAAAUUAUAUAAAAAUAAACUUUUUAAAAAUCAACGCGCUGAUUUUAUUUACGCGGGUUCUUAUGAGCGCGCCACUGAGUAUAUUUUCUACACUUGUCACGUUUAAGCGGGAUAACAGUCGUCAUUGUUUUACAUUGUUUAUUUAUUAUUAACUAAGCUGAUCUAUUAAUAAGCAUAAAAAAUAAACAAAAUAUUUUUAUCUGAUAACAUAAUUCGCAAUAGAAAUAAAUAAUUUGAAAAUCUUGCAAUACUGAUUGUGUUGAAAGUCAAAUAAUUAUUUAAAAUGGAAAGAGGUUAUACUAAGAUAAGUAAAAAUAAUAUCGUUUACGAAUGGAAGAUUGAUGACAUGGAUAUUUUUCUCAAUACUGAAACUAGUUUUACACUUACUUCAAACAACUUCACAUCGGGAGCCAAAAUCCAAGAUACAUGGUGUAUUAAAUCCAUCUUUGAUUCUAGAAACGUGGUGGAAUUUUACUUGUGUUUAACAAGUGUUCAUCUGUCAUUGAAUGCUAAAUUUUCAUUUUUUGUUUUGGAUAGUAAGAAAGAAAAAGUUUUUAUUUUAAACAAUCAUAAAUAUUUAAGUGAAGGAGAAGGAUUGCAUUAUACCUUAGUAAAAAAAACUUUAUUGGAUAAUAAAGAUAAAUAUUUACCUGAUAAUACUUUGACGGUAUGUCUUGAUCUUACUGUGUAUGACGACCCUAUUACAACUUCCACAAAAGUUUUAUUAAAUAUUCCAAAACAUCAAAUAGCUCAAGACUACACUGAAUUUUAUAACUCUAAAAUCGCUAGCGAUAUUAUUAUAAAUGUGGAUGAUACUAAUUUUGAAGCUCACAGAAGUAUUCUGAUGGCGCGAAGUCCUGUUCUAGCCGCAAUGUUUUCACAUGAAAUGAUUGAGAAGAAAGAAAGUAAAAUAUCAAUACCAGAUAUUAGUUCAGAGAUAUUCGAAAUGGUCUUGAAGUACAUCUACACUGAUGAAGUCACUGAUCUGGAUUUGUAUGCUGAUGAUUUAUUAGAAGCUGCGGAAAAAUAUCAGCUACUGUCACUUAAAAAUAUUUGUCAAGAAUCGCUUAGUAAAACUUUGAAUCUUGAGAAUGCACUUUAUUUAAUGACUUUAGCUGACUCGUAUAACGCCACUCAUCUAUUAGAGUUUACAAGCAAUUUUUUGGUUUUAAAUAUGAAAAAUAUUAUUGACACUCAGGAUUUUAAACGAUUGGAGAAAUCACACCCUUCUUUGGCAUUGGAACUGUUGAAAAAAUAUUCAUUUUCUAACAAGGAUGAGAAAGCUAGUGUUCCUGAUCCGACUGCAAAAUAAUAUACUUGAAAUUUAAAUAACAAGUAUUGGAACUACGUACAAUGACUUGGUGCUCAACAGUAUUUCAUAAUUUAAAAACUAAUUUUAUUAUUUAAGUCUAUUAACAUGUUAACUAAUUAUUAUUAAAAGUAUUUUUUAUAUUUUUCUAUUAAUAAAAAUAUUAAGUGGCCCUACAAAAUAAAAGAAAGUUUCUCAUGCGACUAAUUGUCAAUGGUCAUUUUAUACAAAUUUAGCUUUUGAAAAUGUCACAUUUAAGUUUUCACAUAAAAGUGAUAUCUUCAUGUACACCGCGAAAUUGAAUCAAAGUAAUCUAAAAGUGAAUAAUUAAAUGAAGAGAUUUGAUUAAUCUUCUAUUGUAUUUUCACAUACGCAUUGUUUUUUAUACUAUUGCUAUUAUAAUUAUAAUAUUCCAGUUACUUUAUAAAUAAAUAAUAUAAUAAAAGUGAAAAGUAGGUUUGAUUUCUACAUGAAAAAAAAUUUGAAACAUUUUUAUAACUUCUGCGCACGCUUAUAGGAUAGAAGUAACAUUUGUGGCCACCGCUCCGUUUUUGGACAUUCAAUACUUCAUUUUAAUCAAUGAAAAAGUAUACAAAAAAACAAAUUAAAAAAAAAAAAAAACUUGAAUUGUAAUAGUGUACAUAUUUGAAAAAUUAAUCAAUGUGUAUUUUACAAGUUAUUAUAUACGAAACUCAUGAGUGUGAAUGUAUCAGACAUCAUACAAAUUCAAAAUUAUUAAUAAAUAGAGUAAAUAGUCAAUGAAAUAAAAUUUUUAAAAAAUGCGCAUUUAAAAAAUUUAAAAAUUGAUAAGUGCAUUUUUAUAAAUAUUAUUUUAUUUAUUAUUUACUCUAUUUAUUUAUAGUUUUGAAUUUGUCUGAUGUCUGCCACAUUCACACUCAAAUUGUCAUCCCAACAAGAGAUUAAAUUUCGGUGGUCGUCGGUUCUUACUCCCACUCUGGAUGUUUUAUGUGUUGAAUUUCUCCCACUUUUCUACACGCAUGGCAGUUAAUAAAUUUUUGGUAGUAGGCGUAAUUUCUGAGGUCCAUUCUCUUACUGGGACCACAAACACACUCAAUUGUCUUCCGGUACCAGGCUCAGCAGCGCUCAGUUAGUAAAAAGUGAAACUAAUCGCGAUCUCUCUCAUCAAGUUUGUGCAAGACAACAGCCAUUUUGUGUUUUGUUAGUUUUUCUUAUUAUUGAAUACAUUAUUUGAAUAACAAGUGUAUUGAAGUGUAUGAAAUAACAAGAAUACUAUUAUCUGAUAAUAAAAUUCGCAACGAAAGUAUAUAAAUAGUUCGUCUUAUAAUAUUAUUUGUGUUACAAAUUAAAUAAUAAUUAAAAAUGAUAAGAGGAUACAAAGCAUUAGACGAACGUAAUAUUGUUUACGAAUGGAAGAUAUAUAACAUUGAUUCUUUUUUCAAUCGUGAAAAUGAAUUGACUCUUUAUUCUUCCCUACUCUCAUGGGGAAUCAACAGCACCGAUACGUGGCGUAUUAAGUCAAUUUUUAGUUCUGGAGACGAUGUUAAAUUUUAUUUGAUGCCGCCGACGGAUUACGUAUCAAACAUAAAAAGUUCAUUAUGCGUUUUAGACAAUAAGAAAGAAAAAAAAUUUAUAAACAAUUAUACGUGCAGCUACCUUGAGGCUAAAGAAGGAACAUUAUGUCUAUCGUUAUCAAAAAAAACUUUGUUGGAUAAUAAAGAUAUAUAUUUACCCAAUAAAACUUUAACGAUAUGUUUUGAUUUAACUCUGUAUGGCACUCCUACUACAACUUGCAAUAAACUUAUGAAUUUACCAAAAUAUCAAAUGGCUCACGAUUACACAGAACUUUACAAUACUAAGAUGGGUUUUGAUACCAUUAUAAAUGUCGAUGAUAAAGAAUUCCAGGCUCACAAAAUCAUUUUAAUGACACGGAGUCCUGUUCUGGCUGCGAUGUUUUCUCAUGACAUGAUUGAGAAAAAAGAAAAUAAAAUAUCAAUUCCAGAUAUUAGUUCAGGGAUAUUCGAAAUGGUCUUGAAGUAUAUCUACACUGAUGAAGUCACUGAUCUGGAUUUGUAUGCUGAUGAUUUAUUAGAAGCUGCGGACAAGUAUCAGCUACUGUCACUUAAAAAUAUUUGUCAAGAAUCGCUUAGUGAAAGCUUGGAUCUUGAAAAUGCACUUUAUUCAAUGAAUUUAGCUGACCGCCAUAGUGCCAAAGAGUUAUUAGACUUUACUAUGCGUUUCAUGGCAUCAAAUAUUAGAAACUUUAUCGAAACUCAAGACUUUAAAAACCUGGAAGAAUCAAAUAUUACUGAGGCAUGUGAAUUAUUGAAGAAAUUAUCAUGUUAUUAGUAAGAAGGAUAACAGAUUACUAACACAAAUAUUAAAAAUGUA